GUGCGGCGGGUAAGCGGUAGGGCCGCGGCGCUGCUGGGAGCACGAACAGGAGCGUAGCCGGGGGAGGGGAGCGGGGCGUGGCGGGAGCGCAGUCGAACCCAGCGCGGGGCCGAGACGCCUCGGCCGCGCUUUGUUGUCUCGACCGCCACCGAGUCCCGGCUGCAGCAGCGCGGGCCCGACGGACAGGAUGUCCCAGGAGAGCCUUCUCGGGAUGGACGAGGGAGCGCUGCGAAAGCUGCUGGAGGCCACACUGGACCUGGCUGAGCGGCGCCGCAUCCGCUCGGCUAUUCGGGAGCUGCAGCGGCAGGAGUUGGAGCGGGACGAGGAGAUGUUGGCAUCCAAGCGCUUCCGCCCAGAACGCAGCAACCACCGACAGGAUGACAAGGAGAAUUGGCCACAGUCCCAGCACCUGGAAGAGGAACAGCAGGCAGCCCUGGCUGCCUUGUCUGAGCGGCUUGAAGCCAUCACCAGCGUGGAGGAACUGACAAAACUGCUGCGGGCAGCAGGUGAGUAUGAGGAGCGCAAGCUGAUCCGAGCUGCCAUUCGCAAGCUGCGGGCUGAGGAGAUUGAAGCUGCAACCCUGGCUGGGAAUGUGCAGAGCAGCCGAAAGGAUGGCAGCAAGCCCCCCACUGUGCCUGGGGAAACAAAAAUUGUCCAGAGGGACAAUGCUGAAACACCAGCCCUUACUGGAAGUGAAGAGAGCUGUGGUGAGGGCAGAACCAAGUCUCCAGGCACAGACAAGAGCGGGGAGAGCAGCCAGCAGGAUGAUGCAGAGCCAGCACUGGCUGGGCCAGAGGAGAGUGGGUAUGGGGAGGCUGUGGAGCAGAAGCCCGAAGUCUCAGCGGCCUGCAAGCGAGAGGAUGUGGUGGAGCAGGAGCAUGUCCCAGCUGGGAUGCAGGAGCUGUGCAGCCAGCAGGCAGGAGAUCCCCAGAAACCCAGUGCCAGGGCUGUGGUUUCGGGGACCCUUGUGCUCCUGGAGCUGCAGCCAGCCCCAGAGUCCAAUCCAGAGCCUGAGGAUGGCGGUAAGGACCUGCAGCAGGGGCAGCCCCAGGCAGCCUGGAAGGAAGGGAACCUGGGCAGCCCUGCCAGCGCCCCAGAACCCAGUGUGGCGCAAAGCCCUGGAGGGGAGCAACUCAUCCCAGGCCAGCCCAGUACUGACAACCAGCUUCAUGUUGGGGCACACUGCCAGGUGCUGGGGCCAGGUGGAAGACAUGAGAGGCCAUCAGUGGCAUCAGUGCCCCCCCAGGAGGUAAUGGGGACCCCAGCUCGCCUGAAUACUCACCAGUGGGAGCUGGUGCCCUCCUCCCUUUGCCUGGCUGGCCACACGGAAUCCCUCCCUCCCAUCCAUGUACACAAGCAUCCGGCAGCAGUGGGAGGAGGGAGCAGAGGCUUUGAGGGGCUGCAGCGACCCUGGGAAAUGCUCGGAUCUCUGGGGGGCAGCAGUACAUCCUCGCCGCGCCCCGCCGGACCCCCAGCUUCCCCCGCCGCCGGCUCGGUGCGGGAGCGCGCGCAGCGGUUCGGGCCGGCGGGGGCGGGCGGUGCGGGGGGGCGGGCCGGGGCCGGGGCCGGGGCUGCCCAAUGGCAGCGGGGGCCCCGCACGGCCCCGCCGGCGCCCGCUCAAAACGCGCGGGGCUGCGGCGGCGCACAGCAGCGCCCGGCCCCGCGCCCUGCCGGCUCCCGCCUCGACGCCAUGAAGACCUUCUUCACCAUCGAGAUCAAGGAUGGGCGCGUGCAGCCCCUGGCGCCCCGCAUCACGGCCUCCCCCAGCAGCCAGCGGGCAGAGGUGACUGUGGGUCUGCGGAGCACCCCCAUUCGUAUCACCACCAUCCCCAGCAGUGUCAGCAGCAUCUGCAACAUCAGCAGUGUCAGCAGCAAUGUCACCAAGGACCCUUGCACCCACUUUGUGGGCACUGAGGAGCCCAGUGGCCCUGUGGCCCAUCCACCCACUUUCUCCAGUACGUGCCAGCAGUCGGCCCUGCAUCUCUCCCGAAGCAACAGCAGCAUGGAGCCGGAGGUGGUGGAGCAACACCAGGCACCAAGGAGGGAACCAGAGCUGCCCAACGGCAUGGAGAAGGUGCAAGUGAGGGAGGUGGAGAGGAGCAAGCUGAAUGUUGAGGAGCUGAGCAGGAUUGAGGAUGAGGAUGUUCUGGAUAAGAUGCUGGAUCGGACAACAGACUUUGAGGAGCGACGGUUGAUUCGAAAUGCCAUGCGGGAGCUGCGCCAACGCAAGCGAGACCAGCGGGAGAAGGAGCGGGAUCAAUGGCUGCAGGAGUCUAGGAGCCAAUCUGUGGCAGGAAGGGCUGGCCAUGCCACAGAGACCACCACCAUGCAGAGCACUCAGUCAGCCGAUGGCUCGGCACGCAGCACUGUCACCAAGACUGAGCGUCUUGUCCAGUCUAGUGAUGGCGCCAAGACCUCCCGUACUACAACCAUGGAGUCACGUUAUAUGAAGAGAUCAGACAAUGGCAACAGCACUUUCGUUCAAACCAAAUCGUCCUACAGCUCCUCAUCCAAAAAGACAGGCAGCAUUUUUGACCGUGAGGAUGAGAGUGCUUCUCGGCAGAGCAGCCUGGCUGCGCUGGAGCGGCGUCAGGCGGAGAAGAAAAAGGAACUGAUGAAGGCUCAGAGCCUGCCCAAGACAUCAGCCUCACAGGCACGAAAGGCCAUGAUGGAGAAGCUGCAGAAAGAGGGUGGGAGUUCAAAUCCUGCAGCAUCACAGACCGCUGUGCAGCGCUCCUCCAGCUUUGGUGUGCCUAACGCCAACAGUAUCAAGCAGAUGUUGCUGGACUGGUGCAGAGCCAAGACCCGGGGCUAUGAGCACGUGGACAUCCAGAACUUCUCAUCCAGCUGGAGUGAUGGCAUGGCCUUCUGUGCCUUGGUCCACAAUUUCUUCCCUGAUGCAUUUGACUACAGUAAGCUGACGCCCCAGAACCGCCGCCAAAACUUCGAGGUGGCCUUCUCUUCUGCAGAGACGCUGGUGGACUGCGUGCCGCUGGUGGAGGUUGAAGACAUGAUGAUCAUGGGGAAGAAGCCUGACGCCAAGUGCGUCUUCACCUACGUGCAGUCCCUCUAUAACCACCUGCGUCGCCACGAGUUGCGCAUGCGGCAGAAAGAGUGCUAAAGCCUGCCCUGCCCACCCCCACUGCUGCCCUCACCCCAGAGCUGCCUGUGGGCAGGGGAGCUGCUUGCCUGGGAGGGUCUGGGGGGGACAUAGGUCUGACACUGGGAACAGGACAACUCUUCCAAUAGUGCACCCCCACACCUCUGCCUUGGCAGAGCUGCUUCUGCCUUGGCCAGCUGUGUGCUGACCCUGUGGGCAGUGCCAGGUUCGCCUUGCUGGGGAUGCUCCCACCUUAACUUGCUUCCCAUGCUCCAGUCUUUUUAAGUUAUUUGUUCUCUAGGAAUUAUUUGCCCUGCAGGCACCAUCCCUGUAUCCCUGGGGUGACUUGGGCACAGCUGUGCCCUCAGACUUGGGCCACCUCAUGGGUCUGUGGCUGAGCAUGACUCUGCAGUCCAGCCAGGGCCAUGGUACAUCCUGCAGGCAGCACCUGUCAGUGGUUCCCUUGGCCCCCUGCAAGGAAGCCUCUCUGCCCUCUGCAGGCCCAGAUUGGUGUCACUUCCCUAGGGAGAGCUCCAUAACUGUGCCAACACCCUGCUUCCCACCUCCAUGUGCACCACGGGCACUUCCACAUUGGGGGCAACUGUGGGUUGGGGAGGGGGCAGCUGCAAGGGGUCCCAGGGGAGUGCAAGGCAAACAGAGCAAGCUGGGAUGACCACCUCCACUUUCCUCUCCAGCCCAGGGCACCUGCGUGUUCAGCGCUGCUUGCCCCUCUGUCACAUCUCUACACCCAUGCUGACACAUGUACCAACACUAGCCAGAUAAUAAAGGUUUAUCUA